AUGUCUCGUCGGACCAUGCCAUCGAGCGCCAGCAGCGAUGUCCCACCUUCAGGUGAUGGAGGCCAGGCAAAGCAGAAAAUGCUACUUGCCGAAGACCAUGGUCAUUUCAGCAUCGUGAAGGCCAUGCAUCUGGCUGAUUUGAUUACUGAAAUGAAUGUCAUGUCGGUCUUCUCGUCCAUGCGUUACUGCCUCGGAGAGCCAACUGAGUAUGGCGCUCUUUGGGCUGCCCUCGCAUUCAUGCCUUUCGGUCUGUUCUUCGACUUCAUGGAUGGCAAGGUGGCCAGGUGGCGCAAGAAAUCGUCUCUCAUGGGACAGGAACUUGACUCGCUAGCGGACUUGAUUUCCUUUGGCCUCGCUCCCGCCUCUGCCGCAUUCGCUCUUGGUAUCCGGACCUCGGUGGACCAUGUCCUCCUCACUUUCUUUGUUCUCUGUGGUCUGACUCGCCUCGCCCGGUUCAACGUGACUGUUGCCGUUCUCCCGAAGGAUAAGACCGGCAAGUCCAAGUACUUUGAAGGCACACCCAUUCCGACCACCCUGUCGAUCGCUGCUUUCAUGGCCUACUGGGUCUCUCAAGGCUGGACUCACGAGAACAUCCCUCUUGGUCUUUUCGCGGAGGGUACCAUCUUCGAAUUCCACCCUAUUGUUCUUCUGUUUGUUCUGCAUGGAUGCAUGAUGGUCAGCAAGACGAUACACAUUCCUAAGCCAUGA